AUGUCCGCCAACCCUAUCUAUCUCGGCAUUAUUGGCGUCGGCGGUGUUGGCACUGCGUUCCUCUCCCAGCUUGCCCGCCUCCCCAAUGCUCCCAAGCUCGUCCUCCUCGCCCGUUCUUCGCAGACCCUCCUCGCUCCGACACCGGCCUACUCACCGGCCAUUCCCGCGGCCGACUGGGCAACCGCCGCCGCAGGCCCUUCUCUGACCAAGACCGGUGCCCUGCCCGCCGAGGAGAUUGCUACCUACCUUGCAUCUGCCCCCGGACGUGCUAUCCUGGUUGACAACACCUCCGACAUCAACCUCGCCCGCCAGUACCCCACAUUCCUGAAGAAGGGCAUCUCAAUCGUGACCCCCAACAAGAAGGGUUUCUCCGAUGACCUCUCCCUGUGGAAGGAUAUCUUCGCCUCUGCCGCGGAGGGCAAGGCCCUCGUCUACCACGAGAGCACUGUCGGUGCUGGUCUGCCCGUGCUGUCGACCCUUAAGGACCUAGUCGCUACUGGCGAUGAGGUUACUCGCAUCGAGGGUGUCUUCUCCGGUACUCUCUCUUUCCUCUUCAACACCUUUGCCCCGGCCUCCGGCUCUUCGGAUGCCAAGUGGAGCACCGUCGUUGCCCAGGCCAAGGAGCUUGGCUACACCGAGCCUGACCCUCGUGAUGAUCUGAACGGCAUGGACGUCGCCCGCAAGCUGACCAUCCUGGCCCGUCUGGCUGGUCUGGAGGUUUCCAGCCCGGACUCAUUCCCUAUUGAGUCUCUCAUCCCUACCGAGCUGGCCUCGUUGCCUUCUUCGUCCGACGGCAUUGCCGAGUUCAUGAAGCGUCUGCCAGAGUUUGAUGCUCAGAUGGCUAACAUCAAGGACACUGCCGAGAAGGAGGGCAAGGUUGUGCGUUACGUUGGUAGCAUCGACGUUGCUGCCAAGAGCGUCAAGGUUGGUCUGCAGACUUUCGAGAAGGAUAGCGCUAUCGCUGGUCUGAAGGGCAGUGACAACAUCAUCAGCUUCUACACCAAGCGGUACGGUGCCAACCCGUUGAUCGUGCAGGGUGCCGGUGCCGGUGGUGACGUUACUGCCAUGGGUGUCUCGGCCGAUCUGAUCAAGGUCGUGCAGCGCCUGCAGUAA